AUGCCCCGCAAGGUUCUGCCCCCGACCGUCGUGGCCCCGGGCCCAGCACCCCCGCCUUCGCCGCUUGUGCAGAAGCUGCGGCAGGACUGGCGCUGGGCCGGCAUCAGCCAGUUCAUCUGGACCUUUGCAGACGCCUUUGGCCUCGUUGAAUGGGACAUUGAGACUCUGGAAAGGGAUCUCGACGGCACAGAAGAUGCCAUCAUCCCCGACCUUGUCGCCAAGAUGCUGUAUGCGUUGACAUGGAACCGCCAGAUCAACCGUGAGAAUGCCUUUGACCAACUGCGGAAACAGUACGUCAAGCGUGCUCCGGAAGGCGAGGUCACCAUCCUCGGCACAGUCGAGGAGCCCAUCGAGUGGCCGACCCUCGGUCUGUCGCAAAAGGUCCAAAUCCUCUGGCAGCUCUGCGAGUGGCAGAUGGUCGACCCCGCUCGCUUUAGGUCGCUUCUCAAGACAGAGGAGGAAGCCACGUCAUGGAGGGUGGAUCCCCUCGGUUGGGAUAAGCAUGGCAACACGUACUUUCUGUUUGAUGAUAACCGCCUUUGGAUCCAGCGUGCCCGUCCCGUCGCUCCUCGUCCGCCGAAGAAGUCGUCGCUCAAGGCCAAGCGUGCGGAGCGCGCUCUUAAACGCCAACGUCCUCCACCUAAGCGCUCACACAAGAGGAAGGCUCCACCAAAGCGCCUGCCUACUCCCCCGCCGCCAAAGCCCGAGGAGCCCGUCUCUGGGCCGAGAAGGAGGAAGCAGGUUGAGUUUUACGGCAACGUGACCCCGACCGUGGAGGCUCUCAAGCGUGGCGGCGGCACGAGGACAGCCGACGCGACUCCCACCUCGAACCGCUCAACACGUAGCUCCGCGAGGACGCGAGGUGCUGUCGAGACCCCGACCAAGCCGUCAAGGCCUUCAAGGGCCCCUCCUCUUCCCACGGGUACUCGUGUCAGCCGGCGACUGCACGCCGUCGACGACGAGUGGCAGCAAGUGCCCGACGACUGGCUCAACGGUGACAAAAAGACCAAAAAGGCCAAACCCACCAAGGGCAAGGCCAACGACGACGGCGACAGCGAUCUCAGCGACUUGACGGAUGAGGACGAGCACGAAGCAACUCUCAAGGCUCUGGACGACGAGGAGGCGUCUCCCGAGGUCAAGCCCGAGUCGCCGCUUUCCGAGGCCCCCGAGGAGCCCCAGGAGCCUGAGGAUGAGUACGUUCCAUCGGAGCAUGCCGGUGAUGACGAGGCUGUCAAGUCAGAGGACGAAGCGCCCAUAGAGGAAGAUGUGGAGCAGCAGGAAGAGGAAGAGGACGAGGACGAGGAGGACGACCGCGAGCCUUCCGCCGACAUCGACGAGCUCCAGCUUGCCGUCAAGGAGGAGGCCACCGAGUUGCCCGAGGGCUUUGUCGAGUGGGAGACAGUCUGCGUUUCGCUCUACGACUGGCAACACUACCCAGACCAGUGGGAGAAAUCAAAGCACCCGGACGAGAAGGCCCUCUACAAGCUCCUCAAGGACGAAGUUGGUCCCCAGAUCAUCGAGGUCCUCCAAGCCAAGGAGCAGGAGCGCCUCAAGCAGGAGGCGCUCAAUAACCGCAAGCGUUCGUCUCGUAUUGCCACCCGCGAGCUGGAACGCGAGGAGGCUAUCCGCCGCGAGGCCGCCGAGCGCGAGAUGGAGGAACGCAUGGAGAAGUCUCGACAGGAGGAGGCCAAGAAGGCUGCCGACGCGGCCGAACACGCGGCGCGUGAAAAGGCGCGCGAGGACCGUCUCAAGGAACGCGAGGAGCGAAGCGCUGCGCGCCAGCAGGCUGCCCUCGCCAAGGCCGAGGCCGAGCAGAAAGAGCGCGAAAAGGCCGAGCGCAAGCGUGAGAGGCGCAAGCGCCGCCGUGACGGCGAGCAGGUCUCCGACUCGUCAGCGGACGAAGCUGAGGCGCCUGCUCCUGUUGACCCGACACCGGCGAAACCUGAGGGUUCCGCCACUCCCAAGGAUUCUUGGGAGCUCAAGUGCGAGGUGUGCAAGCAGAGCGGUUGGAACCUGGUGGACGACACUGGCCUCGUCUCAUGUGACGACUGUGGCAGGUGGCAGCACGUCGAGUGCCACGACCGCCAGGACAUUGCUGCCGGUCGCGGUAUUCGCGACUGGGACAAGGUCGACUUUAGGUGCAAGGAGUGCGAGCAGCGCGCCGCCGCCAAGCGUCGCCGCGUCGAGGAACCUCACCCUGCGGCGCACCAGAACCGUCCGCCUCACGUUGCCAAUGGCCACCCUGGCUAUGCAGCGGCUGUGCCGCCGAGGUCGCAGGUCGCGAGCCAAACGUCGCCGUACCAGUACGCGCACCCUGUUCCGCAGAUGUCUCCUCAGUCAUCCGGUUACCACCAGCUCCCACCGCAGGGCCCUCCUCACCCGGGGCAGGCGUACCAUCCCCACCCUUACCCUCAGCAACACCACCAGCAACAGAGCCCGCCCAUGAACGGCCAUGUUGUUCCCCGGCACCCUGGAUACCCUCCGGACCCGCGGAUGAUGCCGGCUCAGCCUGGAGCAUAUGCCCAGCAUCCACACCAUCCUGGACACCCUCAGCAGUAUCCGCCACACCCUCAGCAUGCGUACCCGGUGCCGCCUCCACACUAUGCAAACGGACAGACGCACGUUUCGCACCCAGGCUAUGGACACCCGCAGUCGCCCCAGUCUCGUCAGCAACCCUUGCACCAUGCCCCACCCCAUCAGCACCACGCUCCGCCCCACCCCCAGCACUCGCCGCGCGUUGAUCCUCGUGCCGAGCUUCCCCGUGUAGAUGGCCACCGCCAGCACAGCGAGCCGCGUUCCCAGCAUGCCCCACAGCCCUACCCUCCCCAGCCUUAUCCUCCCCAGCCCUACCCUCCGGCACACUACAGCCCGGCGCCGCAUCCCCAGCACCCACAGUACUAUGCCCGACGUACGUCGGGCGAAUCGGGGGCGCCUGCUGGGCCCCACGGCCCCCAGUUCCCUCAGCACCGCGCCCCCGGGAGCCCGGGUAUGUCGCAAGCGGAGCGCAUCGAGCGGGAGCAGCCUGAGCGCGAGCAUGUCGAGCGUGAGCGUAUGGAACGUGAGCGCAUCGACCGUGAGCGCAUGGAGCGCGAGCGCGCCGAACGUGAGCGUGUCGACCGCGAGCGUAUGGAGCGGGACCGAAUCGAGCGUGAGCGUCUGGGUCCCGCACAGCCUGUUCCCCGCGUUGCCGAGGGGCAGCACCCGGACGCGCCGCGUCCCCAGGCAUAG